UGUCUGUGCUAUGGAUGUAGGAUUCAGAUAACAGUAUCACUAUCUCGAAGUACAAAUACUGAGUUGCCGGAACAGAAUAUCUUUCCUCUUUAUGUUCUGUUGGCUACACCUACCAGUAAUAUUUCGCUUGAAGGGCAUUCUACGAUAUAUCGAUUCAGUCGGGCUUGUUUGCUUACAGCUUUUAGUGAAUUUGGUAAUAAAGGUCGUACCAAAGCUACAUUCAUAAUUCCAGACAUCAAGAAUAUAUCAACCUCUCGAGCUUGCAACCUUGACAUUAUCCUUAUCAGCUAUGUUUCGGAAGGGCAAGUUGGGGAAAAUCUUGGUGAAAAUAAUUGCUCUGUGGACCAUGUGGAAGGCUCUGCUCUCCAAAAGCUUGAAGCGAAAUGUUUCUGGGGUAAAAUACCAAUUGAUCUACUUGGUUCGUCUUCGGAGAACCGUGUAACUUUAAAUUUGGGACAUACAGUGGAGUUGGCUUCUAUAGUUAGUAUGAGCCCAAGUUUCUUAGAGUCAAAAUUUAUGGAGCAGGACAGUUGCUUGACAUUUUGCUCUCAUAAGGUUGAUGCUACAGGUUCAUAUCAACUCCAAGUAGGCAUAUCUGCUCAAGAAGCUGGUGCAAAAGACAUGUUUGAAUCUCCAUAUAGUAGUUACUCAUACAGUGGUGUCCCAGCUUCAUCAUUACCACAUAUCGUAAGGUUGAGAGCUGGUAAUGUGCUUUUCAACUUCAAGUACUACAACAAUACUAUGCAAAAGACUGAAGGUUAUCCCUUACACACACAUUUGGGUUCAUGUAUUUUUUAGUUCCACACUUCCAC